AUGGGGCAGGUCAUCAGCGGAGGUUUGACCCAGUACGAUGUCGAAGACAUCCAGGCGUACUGCGACGGAUUCUUUAGCCAGUCGGAGAUUUUGUCGCUGUACGCUCGGUUCAAGAAGCUCGACAUGAAGUCCAAGGGUUACCUCUCGAAAGACGAGAUCGAGAAGAUCCCGGAGGUCUCCAUCAAUCCCCUGUCCCAGCGGCUCGUCAACCUCUUCGCGGGCGUGAACUUCAAGGAGUACGCGCGCCUGCUGUCGGCGUUCAGCGCGAAGGCUUCGCGUCAGGCGAAAAUCGCGUUUAUGUUUCAAGUGUACGACGUCGACCGUGACGGGUGGGUGGGCCGGGAGGACCUGGUCAUCAUGCUCGAGAUGAUGACGGGGUCGCACAUGUCCAAGGACGAGGUGAACGCGGUCGCGGAGAAGGUCCUGCGCGACGCCGGCGCGACGGAAAAGGGGCUCGAUGUUGCAGCGUACGGACGGGCGAUGGGGCCGAACGGGGCGCUCGGGCUCGUCGUGACGGUGCCGGGCGCGCACGCCGACGAGUAG